CUAUCUUACACAAGAUACUGCUAUCCUCGAAUGCUUUCGUAGAACUAGGCAAAGGCUGUGCGCAAGGAGGGAUUUGUGUGUUUGUUUGUGAAUGGCCGGUACUCACGUAUAAACAUUUUCAUUUUACACACGAUUUUAAUUAGUGACAUGCUAUAGUAUAUAUAGCACACUUAGUAGUAUAUAUUUCAAUUCUAAAGGAUACUAAAUGAUUGUUCGGUUGUGAGUUUGACUCGUUCGAGAGUUAAGGAAAGAAGAAUUAGAAGAUAGAAGAAGCUUCGACUUUGUGGUUUAGAUAUUGGAAGCACGGCGGAGUUUUAAAGAAACCCAGAGUCGAACGUGGAUCACGGUAUUGUAUUCUAAUGCCGUGCCUAGAAGUGAUCAGCAAUAUGAACAGUGAGAUAGGCGAAUUCUGCAGUCCCGAGCGGCUGUGCCACGAACUGAGAACCACCAACAACGUCUUGCUCCUUGACUGUCGGGGUCAGUCCGAGUACCAGCGUUCUCACGUGGUGGGCGCCAUCAACGUGACGCUGCCGAGUCUGAUGUUGAAGCGCCUCAAGAAGGGAACCCUCAACAUCAGCUCCGUUAUCCACAACAAUGAGGCCAAAGAGAAAUUCACGAAAUGCGCCAAGACCCACCACAUUCUGUUGUGCGACGAGUGUUCCACGGACCUGAACGCAAACCCUUCCAGUACGCUAAAUCUUUUGGUUAAAAAACUCAGACAAGAUGGCUGCCAUGCCUCUUUUUUACUCGGUGGAUUUUCAACGUUUGAGGAACGCUUUCCCGAAUACUGCAUUCAACAGGAGAAUACGGACAGUACGAUUUGCGGUCUAAAGAACCUGCGAAUCUCGGACGAUUCAGCCUAUGGCACGUCCAGCGAAAGUGACAGCGAGACCACCCCACAUAUGUCGCCCUUCCCCGUUCAGGUCCUACCUCAUCUGUUUCUUGGAAACGCCAAAAAUUCGGCAGACUUGAACCAGCUGAAAAACUUUGGAAUAAAAUACAUUCUAAAUGUGACUCCAAAUGUGCCAAACAUGUUUGAGAAGGACCCUUCUAUAAAAUACCUUCAGAUACCCAUCAGUGACCACUGGUCUCAGAACCUCUCGGCGUUCUUCCCCGAGGCCAUUGCUUUCAUUGACGAAGCCAUCAAGUCGCACCAGGGCGUACUCGUGCACUGUCUGGCCGGAAUCAGCCGAUCCGUGACGGUGACGGUGGCCUACAUGAUGCAGAAGAAGAGCAUGAACCUGAACCAGGCGUACGAUUACGUAAAGACCUGCAAGCCCAACAUCUCGCCCAACUUCACGUUCAUGGGCCAACUCCUUGACUUCGAGCGCUCGCUCGAGAAACGCCACGACGGCGACUGUGUCAGCUGUGACAACUCCACUACCGAGUGCUGCAUCUGCUGCCGCGAAAACAACAGCAGCAGCAGGAACAACGACGACGACGAAGAUUCAUCCUCUUCUCCCAAAGACUCGCCCACAGAGGUAGCCGACUCGAAACCUACGUGACAUUAAGCAAAAAUGGCGAAUUUCAAGACGAAAGGUCACAAGAGUUUUAAAAUUAGGUCACCCUAACCUAUAUUUUUUGUCGAGCAGAUACUGUGCGAAGGGUCUCAAGUGGUAUAUACUACUACUGACAAGUCGGUGCUAACGUGAGAGCACUGAGGUGCUUGAAAAGAAAAGAAACAUGAUGGGUGAUUUGAGCUGGGAUUGGACUCUCCCAGAUUGCGAGUGUGAGGACAGUGAAUUGAUUACGAGGAUAGCAGAACACCAUACUUCCGAAUAACUCCGUCGGAGUUAUGACUAGUCUUUCAUAAACAUUUGCACUGUUUUAUGCAGCGUAUAUAUACACAGGCAGCUCUCGUUUUGGUACUAUAUGUUUUUAUGUGAAGUGUUCAUGUCAUUCAUACAUAAUAGUCAUCAAGAAACGAAACCAGCAUAAUCAUUACACACAGGUGUUUCACAUUUCACGUACAGAAUUACGUUACGAGUACAGUUACAUUUAUGGGUAGAUUUACGUUCCAAGUAAAAUUACGUUCGAGCGAGAAUUUCGUCUCUGGUGGAAUUAAAUCGGUUACGUUCCAAGUCUCUACCCAUUUAUGUGUUACACAUAAAACGAUUUAGGUAAUCCAUUUUUGAUUAGAAUUACACUAUAAAUGUAAAUUAGUUUCUACUUAAUUAUGUUCUGAACGAGUUAACUUAUGCGUAAGAUAUGUUUUAUCUGAAUGUUUUUUAAAAAAAAAAGCAUUUUGUUUGAAUAACAAUAUGGCUAACUUAAUGUUAUGAGUGAAGUUACGUCAUGUUCUGUUAAUGACAUCACAUAGUGUCUGUCCUACUGAGAAGAAAAGAAGCAUACAAUACUUCUGUGUAUUGUGAACAUAUUUUAGUAGACCAUUUUAAAGGGGCGGUCAGUCAUCCUAGUUUUCUUUCUGUGUCGCAUAAUAUGCAUUUGGGGCUACAAAUACUCGGCAACCCAAAGCACACAGUUUUUAUCCGAAAUUGACAAUCUGAAAAAUAUGUAAGCAAUGGUUAAUUUAAUAAAAAAAAAAAAGAAAUAGAAAACAAUUGUAAUAGCAGAAAGUAUUACACAGUUUUAAAACUAGGGUCGGUGACUUUAAUGGAAUUUCAUAAUAGAUGAGACUAGUGAGCAUAAUAUUAUACAUAAUUGUACUGAUGGUCUCUCAAAAUCGGCGUAGCCAGGGUUUUAAAUUGGGGGACCACCCACAUUGGGGAUGGACACACUCAACCUAUGAGUCGAGUGUUGUUCAUAUACCCCCUCCCCCGGUUACGCCAGUGUCUAAAAGACGUGUUGUUGUUUUCUUCUCAAGUUAAUGGCAUUGCUUGAUAAGUGCUAGUGAUAAUAGUUGUGCUAAUAAUAUAUACAUAUAGGACUGUUCUAGACAACAUAUUGGAGGCAAAUACGGGAGGUGGGUGUAAUCGGUUUUUUUUUUAAAAUACCUACCUCCCAAAACGUUUAUUACAUAAUUUUGCAUUGUUUCGUACUAAAACAUGUCAGAAAACCCACAGGAAUUAGAGAAUAUUACCCCAUAUAAUUGAGCCCAUAUGGAUAGUAAAUAAAAGUACCCCCCCCCCCCCCCCCGUGCCCGUUUCUAGAACAGUCCUUGGUGUUUUCUUUAAGUGCUAAUAAUGCUAACGAUGGUUCAUACCGAGCCGUGUUGUUGGUUCUUGUUGGACGUUCCACUCGUUGGGUUCUGUCAAUUUGGAAUUUAAUACUUGGUUCACUGUACAUACACAUUACGUUUUUCAUUUCAUAGUUACGUCGUUGAUAUAAAUACCUCGUUUGAAAUGUAAUCAUAUUUUACUAUAUACCAGAUUAAAUUUAUGUUUUCCAUA